CAUCCACUUUCUUUGAUAGUGCUCGUAUCUGCCCGCGAGAACUUCGAAUAAGAAACCCAUUACUAUUCACAAUGGCGACAACACCAACUCAAGCAAAACCAGGCCAUGCUCGACACGACACUGCUUUGAUUCAUGGACUAUCAUCUGCCGAUGUUCAGAAGCUAUCCGAGAUGAGCAUCGAAGCCAAGGCCAGAGCUUAUUGCCCUUACUCGCUGUUCCGAGUCGGUUGCUCCAUUCUGCUCAAGGAUGGGUCCAUCGUUCAAGGCGCCAAUGUGGAGAAUGCCGCAUAUCCCGUAGGAACAUGCGCCGAACGGGUCGCGAUAGGAACCGCAGUUGUCCAGGGAGCUAAAAAGGGCGACUUCAGAGCCAUUGCAGUGGCGACCGAUAUCACUCCUCCGGCAAGCCCUUGUGGGAUGUGUAGGCAAUUCAUUCGGGAAUUCUGUGAGCUCGACAUGCCCAUUUUAAUGUACGACAAAAAUGGUAAAUCAGUGGUCAUGACCUUGGGUCAAUUACUCCCGAUGUCAUUUGGCCCAGAAAAGCUGCUAUCGACCGACCAGAUCGCGCUAGAGCCGCAUCAGGAGUCACGGCACGAAGAAAAUUGAUGGAUGUAGCAAUGAAGUACGGGCAGCUCAUUUUUAACAUGAGGUUCAAUACAAUCGAUCUAUAAGUG